AUGCCGCUCCCCAGCCCGGCCACCUCCACGCCCUUCUCGGUCAAGGACAUCCUCAAGCUGGAGCAGCGCUUCGGGGGCCCCCUCGAGCCUCCCUUCGCCGGCGCCUCCUGCCUGCUGGGCUGCCGCUUCUCCGACGGGGAGGAGGACGACGAGGCCGAGGAGAAAGGGCCCUUCCUGGGCUCCAUGGCGGCGGCCCAAGGCCCGGGGGCUGCGGCGGCGGGGCUCUCGCCCGGGAGCUACGUGCAGGCGGUGCUGCGGGGCACCUGCCAGCCUAAGGAGGAGCCGGAGCCGGCGCGGGCCUCCGAGGACGGUGAGUACCGGGCCGGGCCGGCCGCGUCGAGGCCGGGGGGAGCGGGCCUUGGCUGGGAACGAGGCAGCGGCCCAGCAGAGCCAGAUUGGCGACCACGGGGGGCGGAGGCUGGCCCUGCCCCGGCCCAGCGCCGAGUCCGAGCUCACCUCGAAGAUGCGCGAGACCGUGGCCCCUUCCAGUCCGAUGCGUUUGUGAAGGGGGCCCCUGGGUCCGAGGCCAGGCCCGACCUCAGGAAAGCUCUCGCUGCAAAGCAUGGGUUCGUUCCCGCUUGGAAGGAGCCGUCGGAGGAGGCGUCGGAGCGGCCCAAGGCGCGGGGCCGGAGGAAGCCGCGGGUGCUCUUCUCGCAGGCGCAGGUCUUCGAGCUGGAGCGCCGUUUCCAGCAGCAGCGCUACCUGUCGGCGCCCGAGCGGGAGCUCCUGGCCGGCAGCCUCAAGCUCACGUCCACGCAGGUCAAGAUCUGGUUCCAGAACCGGCGCUACAAGUGCAAGCGGCAGCGGCAGGACAAGGCGCUGGAGCUGGGCGCCUCGACGGCCGGCGCCCCGCCGCCCCAGCAGCCGCCGCUCCCGCCGCGCCGGGUGGCGGUGCCCGUGCUGGUGCGGGACGGCAAGCCCUGCCUCGGCGGCUCCACGGCCUACAGCGCGCCCUACAACGCCGCCGCCUACUCCUACAACGGCUUCCCCAACUACGCCUACGCGGGCUCCCCCGCCACCGCCUACGGCGCCGGUUACGGCUGCAGCUACCCGGCCGGCAGCGGCGGGGGCCCGUCGGUGCAGCCGCCCGCAGGGCCGUACGUGAACAUGGGGGGCUUCGGCGGCGCCGGCCCGCAGCCCCUCCACCAGGGGGCCGCCGGGCCCUCCUGCAGUCAGGGCAUCCGAGCCUGGUAG